AUGACACAUUGCGGACCAUUUCACUGCGUACCUGCGAGAUCUUUCUCAAAUUUUACGAGAGAUCUAGUUUUUGUGAUACCGUGUGAAAGAUUAGUUGCGCUAAUCAAAAAUGUCCUGUACAAAGUCCUUGGGAAACAAGUUGUUACGAUUUUGGAGCUGGAAACGCUGGUAAUUGAAACAGAAGGAAUAAUUAAUUCAAGGCCAAUAACACCAAACAAGAAAGAUCCGGACGAUGCUCCAGCGAUUCGACCAGCAGAUUUCAUAUCGUAUAAUGCUCAACUGACACGGCCAGAACAUCACAAAUCGAUAUUCGAAGCGAUACAAGGUGGAGAAAGUGGAAAGUUGACGAGACAGUUGAUGGAGAAACUCAGAAUUAUCAAGGAACAGCUAUGGAAGGAGUUCAGCAAGUCAUAUAUAGCAGCAUUGAGAGAUGUGGAGCAUCAUAAGAAGGCGACGUCGAGGCUGAAACCUGAAAUUGGUCAAGUGGUUUUGGUAUUCCAGAAAUUGCUACCGCGUUAUGCAUGGCCAAUGGCGAGGAUCGUGGAGCUGAACAGGAAAAAUCCAGAUGGAGAGGUGCAAUCUGUGAUGGUAAAAAUGGGAAAGAGAAUUGUCGAGAAACCAGUGAAUCUGCUGAUUCCACUGGAGAAUACGGGAAUUCGAAUUCAAGUUGCUCAGGAAGAGGAAGGGCCAGACGAUGACGUGGCAGUCGAGGACGUGGAUGCGGCCGAUGAGCAGGAAGCGGGAACGGCUAAAAAUCCAGAAGAAGAUAUUCCGAAGGAAGGCGCAGUGACCGAAGAACAGGAUGUGAAUGUUGACAAGGAUCCAGAAGAGGAGCGAGAAGAUGGACGUGCACACCUGAAAAGAGCUGCAAAAACAAGACCUCUCAGAAUUCCAGCCAAAUUCAGAGAGUUUUCUUUCCCUGGAGUGUCGCGCAGAACAGCUCUACGCGAAGGAAAGAAGGAAGAAAUCGAUAAUCGAGUGCGGCGGAGCGCAUUUGCAUCGACAGAAAUGCGGCAAAACGUUAGGUUUAAAUAUUAA